AUCAUCACACAUGCAAAUGUAUCAAAGCUCUCUUGGUAUAGCAUGGGUACAAACGUACAAGUGAAGUGCAAGUUUAUAUAUAGAACAUCUCCCUUCCAACCUUUACCACAACCUUCUCAAACAGCAUCCAUGGAAUUCCAAUCCCUCUCUGUCACUCUUUUAUUUAGUUUCCUCCUCAUCUUGAUCAUGAUGAUGAAGAGAGGAAAGUGGCCCACCACCCAAAACCCAAUUCCCAAACUCCCCCCCGGUCCAUGGAAACUACCCAUCAUAGGCAACAUGCACCACUUGCUCGGACCACUACCACACCGCACCCUUGGGAAACUGGCUCAAAAACAUGGGCCCAUCAUGCACCUAAUGCUGGGUCAGGUCCCUACCAUUGUGGUCUCCUCUCCAAAAAUGGCCAAAGAGGUGAUGAAGACACAUGAUCUCAGCUUCGCAACACGGCCCAGGCUUCUGGUGGCCGAGAUCUUGUCCUACGGGUGCAAGGCCAUUGCCUUUACACCCUACGGCGAUUACUGGAAGCAGCUUCGCAAGAUUUGCAUGAUCGAGCUCUUUAAUGCCAAGCGCUUCGCAUCGUUACAGUUCGUUAGAGAAGAAGAAGCAUUAAAUAGCAUCCACUCCAUCUACGCAUCGCGAAAUUCUCCAACCAACAUCACCGAGAAGAUUUCCACAUUCACCAACAAUGUGAUUGCCAGGGCCACGAUCGGCAAUAAAUGGAAGGAUAGAGAACUGUUCAUAUCAGAAUUGAAGGAGGGAUUCAAAUUGGCUGGAGGUUUGUCUGUGGCCGAUCUUUUCCCUUCUUUGAAAUUUGUUCCAGUGAUUACCGGAUUGAAGUUCCGGCUAGAGAGGAUUCACUGGAAGUUAGAUAGGAUGUUCAAUGACAUCAUUGACGAACACAAAAGAGAGAGUGCGACGAAGGAGACGAGAACGGAUGUGGGUGGAGCAGAUGGUGAGGAUUUGGUUGACUUCUUCCUUCGCCUUCAGCAAGAUCAGUACCUUGAAUUUCCAUUCACGACUGACAACAUAAAAGCCAUCCUCUUUGACAUGUUCUCGGGUGGGACUGACAGUUCAGCUGUAACAAUAGAGUGGGCCAUAGCAGAGAUGAUGAAAAACCCUAGAGUGAUGGAGAAGGCUCAGGCAGAAGUGAGGCAGGCACUCAAAGGCAAGGCAAAGGUAGAAGAAAACGACACAAACCAACUCAACUAUUUGAAAUUGGUGAUUAAGGAGACUCUGAGGUUGCACCCUCCUGGGCCAUUGCUGGUCCCAAGAGAGUGUAGGGAGAUGUGUGAGAUCGACGGCUACGAAAUACCUAUAAAGUCAAGGGUCAUCAUUAAUGUAUGGGCCAUUGGGAGGGACCCACAACAUUGGGAUGAUCCAGAGAACUUCAAGCCCGAGAGAUUCGAAGGUAGUUCAAUUGAUUACAAGGGGACUCACUUUGAGCUUCUCCCUUUUGGAGCUGGUAGGAGGGUAUGCCCAGCUAUACCAUUUGGAAUAGCCAACGUGGUACUCCUCCUUGCUCACCUUCUCUACUACUUUGAUUGGAAACUCCCCAAUGAAAUGAAUGGUAAGGAUCUGGACAUGACUGAGGUCUUUGGGAUAACAGUACAUAGAAGAUCCAAUCUCUAUUUAAUUCCCAUCCCUCAUGUUCCUUUGCCUGGGGAAUAAUACAGUAGAAGUGGUGUGUGACUCAAGAAUAGGAUGAUCCGCUCUUCAUGUGGGUCAUAAUGUUUAAAUAAAAUCAAUAUAGUGUGGCUUAUUGAUGGCCAAAACGCCAUGAUUCCUGAUGUUGAGCAUCUACUUCUUAGGAGUCACCUAAUGGAUGGAUUAGAUGUCACACAUGUUAAUUUACUACAUCCACAUAUGUAUGAAGGUGAAGUAUACGAGAGCUAGUGUAUGAAGUGUGUAAGAAUUAUGUUAAGGGGAUGUACUUUAUUCGUAGUCCUACAGAUUGGCUGACAUAUCUUCUGAUGUACUUUAUUAGUAUAAAUAAAUUAAGAAAGGGGAAAGGGAAGCUCUGAUCCUAUCUUCUACUUUUAUAAUUA